AUGGAUGGUGUUCGUGUGUUCCAUGAUGAGCGGGUUGGAUAUCGCUGGUUGGAUUCGGAGGCCUUGGACAUUUGGUGCCAAGAGGAGCCCACGCUGCGCACGUCUAGGCAGAUCUGGGCUGACUUUGAGCACAGGGGGUGCAGUCAGCAGGAUGCUUCUUUCCCAGGCUUCCAGCUCUGGGGAAAAGAAAUCCGCUGCUACCGAGUCCAGGUUCGGAAGGCCACCACCCCCGGAAAAAAUAAGGCUUCAAGGGACGCUGUGAGUUUGAAGGUGGGCUGGGGAUCUAAUGAAUCCAACCUCCACCCCGGCCGUUGGGACACCACGUCCCUCUGCAUCUCCGGCUGCGGCACGACCUGCCAUGGCGGGUAUGGCCGACCGUGGUAUUGCGUCGGUGAUCGUUACGGCAAAUACAAGCCAUACUUCGAGGCAGGGUAUACGAUCGAGACGGGUGUGAGGCUCAACCAGAAGGGCACUAUAGACAUCUACUACCGAGUGAACGACGGGUAUGCUGGAUGGGAUGUUGCUUCUCCCCAAGCCACGCUCGAGUCGGGUGCUGCCUUCACGAUUCCGUGGAAAGGGGGCGAAAGUCUGCUUCCUUCCGUGGCCGGCGGCAUCAACUUUGGACCAGAAUGGGAAGUGACGGUUGACUUCAACUGCUCUCCAGACUUUAAAGAGUUGCUCGGGAUCUCCUCUCCUCUCGCGCCACCUGCGAAGCGGCAGAGACUCGACGAUGCAUCGAGCUCAGAUGCGCGAAAGAAAUGUGCUGAAUGCGGCGAGGAGGGGGGGCCAGAGGCCAAAUUCUGCAGUCAGUGCGGCCACCGCUUCGACAACUCAACCGAUGUAGAGGUGAUCAGCUUUACUCUCGAUGGCGAGGAGGUCCUCUUCAACGAAGAUGAUUGGGAAGAGUUUAGACGAAUUGUCUGCGAAAGGGCCAGGGCCAUAGACGUGAAGCGCGAAGAUGGCUACCAGAAGAGGAGUGACGUCGUCGAAGUGAAUUUGGACCAAGUCCGUGCCAGGAUCGAGUUCGACGGCCCGCUAUUUAACGAGUUCAUGCGUAAAAUGAUCGACAGCGUGGCUGUAGAGAUCAAAAUGGAAGACGCCUCCCCAUGUUGCUAUGAGGGUUCGGGCAGAUUAUAG